AUGCGUGCCUCCAUCUUCGUCUCCACCGUGGCUUUUGCCCUUGCUUCGGCUCAGACUGCUUUCCUGACCCAGACAAACUCUCUGGGCGUCGUUACCGGCAUGCCCCCGGUUGACACUUCCAUUGCCAACCAGCCCAACGCCGUCACCGACCAGCCUGCUGUUGUCACUUCUCAGCCUCUUCCCGCCAACAUUCCCGCCGUUGGCCCUGGUGUCUACACCCUGACCCUCGGCGGCACUGGCACUGGCACCGCUGUCAACCAGACCCGCACUGUCACCGUCAGCGCAAACAACAGCACCACUGUCGUCCUUGCUCCUGCCACCACUGCUUCCGGUGCCGGCGCUACCGGCAGCGGCGCCUCCGGCUCUGGCGCCACUCGCUCUGGCUCUGGCUCCGGUUCCUCUCCUACUAGCAGUGGCGGCCGCCCCGACUCCACUGGCGCUGCCUCCAACGUCAAGGUCGCCGCCGGUAGCCUCAUGGGCUUCGGUGCCUUCAUGGCCGCUUUCCUGUAA